CGUCGGGGAGGCACCAUGUGGAACCGCAGCGAGCGCGUCUCGAACUGCUCGGAGAGCGCCGACUUCCAGUACGCCCUCUUCCCCGCCGUCUACGGCUUGGUGUUCAUGCUGGGCCUGGCCGGGAACGGGUUGGUGCUGGGCUACUUCCUCCAGACCAAGUCGGCCACCGCCCCGGCCAACGUCUUCCUGGUGAACCUGGCCGCCCUCGACUUGCUCUUCGUCUUGACCCUGCCGUUCCGCCUCGCCUACCACGCGCUGCACAACGACUGGGUCUUCGGGGAAGCCCUCUGCAAAAUCACCGGCUGCCUGUUCUUCGCCAACCUGUACGGCAGCUCCCUCUUCCUGGCCUGCAUCUGCCUGGAGCGCUACGUGGCGGUGGUGCACCCGCUGCGGCACUUGCGCCUCCGACAACUGCGCUACCGUGUGGGGGGCGUGCUGGCGGUGUGGGCAGUGCUCCUGGCAGCCACCCUCUACCUGGCCCUCCGUGGGCCCCUGACCAGCCCCUUUGCUGACGGCCGCACGGCCUGCCUCGAGAACUUCUCCUCCAGCUCUUGGAAGGGGCGCAUCUCCAGCGUGAGCAUCUUUGCUGCAGUGGUUGGCUUUCUGUUGCCUCUUUUUUUGAUUGGCGUGUGCUACCCCCUAAUUGCUUGGCGGCUGCUGGCAACCCCAGGGAUGCAGCCCGGUUCCCGUGCUGUGAGACGCAAGGCGCUGCGGACAGUACUCGUGGUUCUAGGCGUCUUCCUGGUCUGUUUUGUGCCCUACCACGUGGUGCAGCUGGUCCACACACUUGGCCGUGUAGGCGUUCUGGGUGGCUGCUCCCUCAUCCGUGCCACAUAUGUGGCCCGGCGUGUGACCAUGGCUCUCACCAGUCUCAAUGCCUGCCUUGAUCCUCUUGUCUACUAUUUUGCUGCUGAACGGUUUUCAUGGCAGCCAUACUGGAAAUGCCUCUGCUGUCACAUGAAGUCACAGCACCCCCUGGGGCUUCACGUACUCUCUGCCAACAAGGGGUCCUCUACUGAGGAAAAUGCUGUGCCUGGUUCGGAGAAGUGA